AUGCUAGGGAAAAGGAUGGUAUCAUUCAAGAAACUGGCCAAAAAGGUGAAGGGUGUUGGUGGACUUGACCCUGACCCUGCUCAUCAUGAGGGUUUGCUCAAGAAAUAUGAAGAAAAAUGUGACACUAACACACCCCCAACUGGGUUCUUUGCACUUUAUGUUGGAGAAGAGCGUCAAAGAUACGUGGUUCCAACCCGCUACCUUUCACACCCCUUAUUCAAGAUGCUGUUGGAGAAGGCUUACAAUGAGUUUGGGUUUUCGCAGAGGAAUGGACUAGUGGUUCCAUGCUGUGUUUCCACGUUCGAGGAGGUGGUGAAUGCUGUAGAAUGCAACAACGGAAAGUUUGACUUGGGAAAGUUUUUUGCAGAAUUUGUUUGA